CUCGGUCUUUCGCCGUAUUACACUUCAUCUUCCAAGGCGCUCUUCUUAUUCACCUCACCCAUCAUGCACUUUGGCAAAUUUGUUCUGUUCGGGCUCUCGAGCAUCUCCGCUGCCCAGGCCGCGCCAGGGAUCGCCUCGUUCUUCAACUCGCUGACGUCCGCUGUCGCCGACGACGUUUCCUCGCUGGCCAGUGCCGCCAGCGCCGCCGCGGCCCAGUCGGUCGUCACUGUCCUCGCCAGCGACAGCAACGGGAUCUACAAACUCCUCGUCUCGGAAUCCGGCAAGGAGUUCACCGUCGUCACCACCGCCGCCGGCCCAGCGAUCACGCUCGCUGGACCGGAACUCCUGGGAUCAGUCACGACGACGUUUGCGGGGUCCACCUACACCAUCGCGACCGCGCUGCCGGUCGUAACCGCGCCGACGGGCUCUCCGACCAGCACCGCCCGUUCCGGCGCUCCCGGUCCUGCAUCCUCUGCGACGACGAUGGGAUUCAUCACGGUGCUUGUCGGCGUCUGUGUCGGCGCUCUCAUCGCCGUUUGAUCGCUGCAAUAGAAUGGCUGAGACAUACAGACGUGGGACAUAGAUACCAGAAUAGUGGCGGAGGAUUCCCAUACGGAGUGUUCAUGAAAUCCAUCGUCUGUGUUUGUUCAAAAAAUGAGAAUCUCGACCAUGUCCCUCCGAAAAAA